AUGGAGUACACAUUCGGAGGAAAGUAUAGGCUCGAGGAGGAGAUAGCUAUGGGUGGUUGCGGGAGCGUCUUCCUUGGCGUACAUACCAUAGCAGGGAAGGAGGUGGCCAUAAAGAUCGAGCCCGCGCUGUCGUCUCGAAACUCGCCUCUGAAGCAGGAAUCGCGGAUUUACAAGACGUUGAUGGGAGGACCUGGUGUGCCAUGGAUCAUGUGGUCGGGGAAGCAAGGGGAUUACAACGUUAUGGUGAUCGAUCUUCUCGGACCCUCGCUUGAAGACCUCUUCAAGAUGUGCAACCGCCACUUUUCUAUCAAGACCGUUCUCCUCCUCGCAGACCAGCUUAUCUCGCGUCUGGAGUUCAUCCACUCCCGCGACUUCGUCCACCGCGAUGUCAAGCCCGCCAAUUUCGUCAUGGGCACAGACAAGUCAGAGACACUUGUCAACGUUAUCGAUUUUGGUCUUGCAAAGAAGUUCCGUGACCCUAAGACGACCGCACAUAUUCCCUACAAGCAGGACGACCACCAUGGGGUAGGCACCUCACUGUUUGCCUCCCUCAAUGCACACCACGGCAUUGAGUGCUCGCGCAGAGAUGACCUCGAGUCCCUUGCAUACAUGCUUAUCUACUUCCUCCGUGGCACGCUUCCGUGGCGCAAAAUUAAGGGCUCCACUGUAGCAGAGACAUGGGAUCGCAUCCGUGACAAGAAGAUGGAGACCGUUUCCGUCCUCACUGUUGGUCUUCCUGUCGAGUUCGAGAUCUUCUACAAGUAUGCUCGCGACCUGGACUUCGAGGACCUUCCUGACUAUGACGGUCUUCGCGAGCUUUUCCGUGGCCUAGCAAGAAAGCUCAAGAUUGAGUACGACGACGUGUACGAUUGGACGCUUGUUCAAAAGAAGCCCUCACGGCGGUACUGCGAGGCCUGCGCUCGCAGAGCGUUGGGAUCGUAG